CAGAGGCAUUGUGGGAGUUUAGUCGGACAAGAUGGCAGCGGCCUGUGUCCGGGUGCUCAGUAAGGUCGGUGCGUCUUUUCUGGGGUCUCCAGCGGGCCGCCUGACCGGUACCGCGGCCCGCCUGCUGGCUAGUGUGAGCGCGCGCGGGAGCAGCAGGCGGUACGGUACCGGGGGGGCGGGGCUCGGAUCGAGGCUGCCGCGCAGUGCCGUGCUGCGCCGCGCCGCGCUGCUCGGUGCGGCUCUGGGUUUAUAUGAGACCCUCAAGUUCUUCGUGCAGCGUCUCCAGGCCGAGCACGAGCAAGAGCAAGAGGUUGCAGACGGCGGAUUGAAGUUGACACUCUACCAGUACAAGGCGUGUCCCUUCUGUUGCAAAGUUCGCACCUUCUUCGACUACUACGGGCUGCUGUACGAGGUCGUGGAGGUCAAUCCUUUGAUGAAGCACGAGAUCAAGUGGUCGUCAUACAGAAAAGUGCCCAUCGUCAUGGUGGACGGUGUAGUGCAACUGAAUGACUCAUCUGUCAUCAUCAGCUCCCUGAAGACGUAUUUAGUCAACAAGCAGAAAAGCAUGAAGGAGAUUGUUCACUACUACCCGGAGAUGAAGAGUGUGAACGACAGUGGGAAGCAGGUGACGGAGUACAACAACAAGUACUGGCUGAUGCUGAGCGAGGAUGAGACCACGCAGGUUUACCCAGAGAAAGGGAUGCAGAAGGAAGAGAUGAAGUGGCGUAAAUGGACUGACGACUGGCUGGUACACCUCAUACCUCCCAACAUUUACCGAACUACCAGUGAAGCCUUGGCCUCCUUCGACUACAUUGUCCAUGAGGGCAAGUUUGGUACUAUUGAGGGAUUCUGUGCCAGGUAUAUUGGUGCUGCAGCCAUGUUCAUCAUCUCCAAACGGCUGAAACGUCGACACAACCUGCAGGAUGAUGUCAGACAGGAUCUCUACAAGGCCGUUAAUGACUGGGUGGACGCCAUCGGCAAGAAGAGGAAGUUCAUGGGUGGAAAUCAUCCCAACUUGGCAGACCUGGCGGUGUUUGGCGUCCUCACAGCGAUGGAGGGCCUGCAGGCGUUCGAUGACAUGAUGGCGAACACCAAAGUGGAGUGCUGGUACCAUCGCAUGCAGAAUGCAAUGCUCAACCAUGAGGGCUGCAAAUGAAGCCGAACUCACAGCAGAAAGACUUAACGGGAAGACAUUAAAACUUUGCGGGAGCUGCUGUUAUUUUUCUGCGUGAAUUUUAAACUCCUUGUUUGAUGUAACUGAACGUUUUUGUUGAAGCCAUUUUUUUUUUUAUUCUGGGGGAAGAGUCAUGGAAUCUUAUUACUGACUUCUCCUGGUGAGUAGGAAGCAGCAGGAAGUGAAAACUGACAACUUCUAAAGCUCUUCAGUUGACACAAUGUAAAUUCUGAUCAUUUCUGGGCCUCUAUUAGUUCCACAAAAGCACCCAAAUAUUCGUUUAAGUUUCCCAAAGGAAACUGAUUCUGUUUUAAUGAUUUUUUUUUUUUAAAGCUCUGCAAUAACAUGGACUAAAUAAGUGGGGUUUUUUUAUGUAAUGAGUUAUUUUUUUGCUUUUAAACCACUUUGCACAUUUGCUUUGUGUUCAGGGAAAAUUAGAAUCUAAAGCUUCCAGUUUUCUGAUCCAAUAUUUAUUGUUCUGCUUAUGUUCCUGUAGAAUUCUGCAAAUGUAAUGAGCUGCUUCUGGCCAACAUUUAAACGGUUCAGUGCUUCGUUUCUUACAUGCACUCAUUUACAUUUUCACUUUAAAGCAGUGUAUCAGCCACUCUGACACUGUCAUGCAUUUAAUGUACACGUAACAUUACAGGGAAUCAUUUUCCAAAGUGACUGUUCAGAAUCGAUGCCUUGGAAUUUAAGCUGUUCAGAAAUAAAUGCUGAUGGACCAGGUCUGUGUAAAAAUAAAUAAUAAUGGCCAAAGUUACCCAAUAAAAUUUGUU